UCUUAAAGAUCCGAACUUGAGAGUAGGGUUUUGGGUUUAGAAUCAGAAACUGCUGCUGAAGAUAGUCUCCGAGUGAGAGAUAGAAGAAAUGUUGAGAUCCUUUCUCUGUAGAUCGCAAAAUGCGUCUAGGAAUCUCGCCGUUACUCGAAUCUCGAAGAAGAAGACCCAGACGACUCCAUCGCUAACCUCUCUUUCGAGAUUCUCAUAUCUCGAGUCGUCUGGAUAUGCUUCUGCCCGAAACAUCAGGUUCUUCUCCGCGAGCCCUCCUACGGAAGAGAACCCAGUUUCUUUACCGACGGAUGAGAUCCCAAUCUCGUCAGCCGCAGAGCUUACCCUUGAAGAAUCGGUUGCUUCCGCUUUGGGAUUUUCAGAAAGUGGCCAUUUUGGUGUAAAUGGUGGUACUUCCGUGGAAGCCGUUGGUGGUGUUGCUGAAUAUGGAGAUUCAGAGAUUGUUGCAAUUGAAAACGAGGUUACCGAGGUGUACCAAUUUGAUGACGAAAAGUUGGAAUCUGUACUGUCUUUGUUACGGAGUGAUGAAGAGUCCUUGGAGUUUGGUCUUAAUGCGCUUAAUGUUGAUUUACAUUUAGAUUUUGUGGUAAGAGUGUUUGAAUUCCCAGGAAUUUCAGGUAAGAAUUUGAUUAGGUUUUUGAAGUGGGCAACUGAGAGAGAAGAGAUUACUGUUACCACCUCACUUGUAGAAUCUCUUCUUGUAGCAAUUGCUGGUGAUACACGUAGAAUGGAUGCUUAUGGUUUGUGGGAUUUGGUUAAGGAGAUUGGUGAGAAGGAGAGUAGUAGUAGUGUUUUGAAUUUGGAGAUAUUGAAUGAGUUGAUUGCCUUGUUUGGGAAACUUGGUAAAUCCAAAGCUGCUUUUGAUGUGUUUAGUAAGACCGCAGAGUUUGGUUUUACUCCGAAUGCGAAAACAUAUUAUUUGACACUGGAGGCGCUUUGUAAGCGGUCGUUUAUGGAUUGGGCAUGCUCUGUAUGUGAGAGAAUGCUUAAGAGUGGUGUGUUACCAGAGGGAGAACAGAUGGGUAACAUCAUAUCUUGGUUUAGUAAGGAAGGGAAGGCAGAAGAGGCUUAUUCGGUUUACGAAUUGGCAAAGACGAAAGAGAAAUCUCUGCCUCCUAGAUCUGUGGCUACUCUGAUAAGUGCUCUCUGCAAGAAUGAUGGGACUAUCACGUUUGCUCAGGAGAUGUUGGGUGAUUUAUCUGGAGAAGCUAGGCGACGUGGGAUAAAACCAUUUUCUGAUGUUAUCCAUAGUUUAUGCAGGAUGAGAAAUGUUAAAGACGCUAAAUCUUUGCUCUUGGAUAUGAUUUCUAAAGGGCCUGCUCCUGGGAAUGCGGUUUUUAAUUUGAUUGUCCAUGCUUGUUCGAAAACUGGAGAUCUGGAUGAAGCAAAAGAGGUUUUAAAGUUGAUGGAGAGUAGAGGUUUGAAACCAGAUGUGUACACGUACACUGUCAUCAUUAGUGGUUAUGCUAAAGGAGGGAUGAUGAAUGAAGCUCAAGAGAUUCUCGCAGAGGCGAAAAAGAAACAUAAGAAGCUUAGUCCUGUGACAUAUCACGCACUCAUCCGAGGCUAUUGCAAGAUUGAAGAAUAUGACGAAGCUCUGAAACUUUUGAAAGAAAUGGAUCGUUUUGGGGUGCAGCCUAAUGCUGAUGAGUACAAUAAGCUGAUACAAUCAUUUUGCCUCAAAGCUCUGGAUUGGGAAAAAGCAGAGGUGCUGUUUGAGGAGAUGAAGCAGAAAGGCUUGCACUUGAAUGCAAUUAGUCAGGGGCUUAUAAGGGCAGUUAAAGAGAUGGAAUCUGAAGCCAAGGUAACGGAAGAUGACAACUUACUUGCUGAAGCAUAGAAUUGGAUCCGAUAUUUAUCAUUGUUCUAACAAUGUGGACUAGCUGUUGAAGAUGUUAUCUCUUGGUUUGAAAUACCAGGAAAUACCUGGUUGGUUCUUUUGUUACUGGAAUUAUCUUUUGUAUUCUUCCAGCAUUUGCCAAUAAGCCUUCACUUGGGUUCAAUUUCUUUUAGCUUUUGUGAUUUAAGAAUUGAAUCAGUUUUCCAUGGUCAUUGUUCGGUUUGCA